AUGGCCCACAGGCUAAUAUACAACAACAACAACAACAACAACAACAACAACAACAACAACAACAACAACAACAACAACAACAACAACAACAACAACAACAACAACAACAACAAGACCAACAACAAGACCAACAACAAGACCAACAACAACCCCGCCAACGUGGAAUCCAUGAACUGCUUCAAUAGAGGAGCACAGAUCAAUAGCGACCAGGCUACCCUGAUGGAAGAAGACAGUGACGAUGUUGGUGAGAGUCUCCUUCCACCUCCUCAUAAGCAGCUGUUGUCAAGCCUCCUUCUUGCACACAAGAAGCGGAUCAUCCAAAUAGCAAGUGGCAAGAUGAAGCCCAUAAGCUUCGUCAAAUUAGAUGAAGAUGCACCAUCCGGCGACUCCAAAUUGGGUAAACUAAUCGGCAAGCAAAAGUCAGGUUAUGAAGUCUUCGGCAGUACAUCGUGCCCUAAAUCUAGGAGAGGCGUCUGA